UGAAGAAGAGGUUCGUCUGUCGGAAGUACCCCUUCAUCCAACGGAAGUUUAGAAUUUCAAGAUGGCCCUGGAAGGAAUGGACCAUAAUAUGGAGAUGGAGGAUAGUAAAGGUGGUUCUGGUCUCAGGCAAUACUACCAGUCCAAGAUAGAAGAGUUACAGUUGACAGUGAAUGACAAGAGUCAGAAUCUCAGACGUCUACAGGCUCAGAGGAAUGAACUCAAUGCAAAAGUGCGUCUCCUUCGUGAGGAGCUGCAGUUGCUACAGGAGCAGGGUUCCUAUGUUGGAGAGGUGGUGAGGGCCAUGGACAAAAAGAAAGUGCUGGUCAAGGUCCAUCCAGAGGGAAAAUUUGUGGUGGAUGUGGAUAAGAAUAUUGACAUCAAUGAUGUGACUCCAAAUUGCCGCGUGGCACUGCGCAAUGAUAGCUACACCCUUCACAAGAUCUUGCCCAACAAGGUGGACCCGCUGGUCUCCCUCAUGAUGGUGGAGAAAGUGCCUGACUCCACCUAUGAGAUGAUUGGCGGCCUGGACAAGCAGAUCAAGGAGAUCAAGGAAGUGAUUGAGCUGCCAGUCAAGCACCCAGAGCUCUUCGAGGCUCUCGGCAUUGCGCAGCCCAAGGGUGUGCUGCUGUACGGCCCCCCAGGUACAGGGAAGACCCUGCUGGCCAGAGCUGUGGCCCACCACACUGACUGCACCUUUAUCAGGGUGUCCGGCUCGGAGCUGGUGCAGAAGUUCAUUGGAGAGGGUGCCCGUAUGGUGCGUGAGCUGUUCGUCAUGGCCCGCGAGCACGCACCCUCCAUCAUCUUCAUGGACGAGAUUGACUCGAUCGGCUCGUCACGUCUGGAGGGGGGCAGUGGGGGCGACAGCGAGGUGCAGAGGACCAUGCUGGAGCUGCUGAACCAGCUGGAUGGCUUCGAGGCCACCAAGAACAUCAAGGUCAUCAUGGCCACCAACCGUAUUGACAUCCUAGACUCUGCCUUGCUCCGACCCGGCCGCAUCGACAGGAAGAUCGAGUUCCCCCCUCCCAAUGAAGAGGCCCGUUUGGACAUCCUGAAGAUCCACUCAAGGAAGAUGAACCUGACGCGUGGAAUUAACCUAAGGAAGAUUGCAGAACUGAUGCCUGGAGCCUCUGGGGCUGAAGUUAAGGGUGUGUGCACCGAGUCAGGGAUGUACGCCCUCAGGGAGAGGAGAGUGCACGUCAACCAGGAGGACUUUGAGAUGGCUGUCGCCAAGGUGAUGCAGAAGGACAGCGAGAAGAACAUGUCCAUCAAGAAACUCUGGAAGUAGACCUUUGGGAUUUUUUGGGACCCGAACGCAGAUAUUUACCUGCAGAGUCAAACAUGUAUAUUUUUACUCUUGUUUUAAGAUUGGUUUAUAAUUGUUACCCAAAAUUUAAGUCUAAAAUAAAAUGGUGUCUCCCCACUGAGAAACAAGUCCCCCAUUUCCAUUUUUUUUCCCACCCUCUUCUGCUGUAGCCUGAUCCAAGGUCUGUUUGUGCUUGGUAGCCUACACAACUAUAGGAGUUGGCUAUACAGGCUUUCUCCCCCCGCAUUCAAGGUAAAUACUGCAGAUGUUGGCUCAAUUGGAAAUGACCUUUUAAAUGUCAUGCGCUAUAUAUAUAGCCUGGUUUCUGAUUGAAUCCCGGCCUGAAUAAGGAAUACUCCUCUUAGCAGAAUUCCAGGGGUUUUUAUCUUUUCUUUCCUCGAUUCCUUGUGUCCCAUCUUCUUUCCACUCUCAUCCAAUAGAUCUCAUCCAUUGGUUUGUGCAGGGCCUAGUAGAGCCCUAUGCUGUAACAAGUCGUGAACUACUUUUUACACGCCCACAACCCAAUCAUCAGAUUACGAAAACCACAUCUUAAUGCAAGGUAUAACCGGGGCUAGAAGGUCAAUGACAAGUGAGGCCAAAUAAACAGGGUCACCUUGUAUAUUUAUGGAAGAGAUUUUCUUGGAUGGUUUGGUUAAAUUUGAGAUCUCACAAGCAGUCAGUGUUAUUUUUCUUAUUGAUUAAUAAAUGAUCAAUUAUUAAUAGUA